AGCAAUAGCAGCAGCAGCAGACCCCUCGAGCAGACUAUUUGAUCCAACGUCCUCUCGCUUACGUCAUCAUUUCCUUCUGACGUAAUAUCUCGCCGAUCGAUUAUUUUCUAUGGGGCAUUAAAUAAAGCUCCCUUGGUGGCUCUCAUCUCCAGUCUAUUACAACUUGUACUCGUACAACUACAACUACUAUUAAUACUACAACAACACAACUACACUUCGAAAUUCUAUAUAGGGUUGGCAGGGCGCCGGCGCCGAUCUAAAAAUACGCCCGCGAGUGCGCGAGUAGGAAAGCACGGUCACGAUUAACGCUCCCGUGGUUUAGACGGUCGACGUCUGUACUAUUAACCCGGGGAUCAGAGAAGACAUCCGCGACUCGUUGUCUUCAACCACCCGAUCUCGUGCCGUUCCGUCAAACUCCAAGCCCAGAUUACGAAACAAUGGCUGUGCUCUCUCCAGCAGAAUUCGCAUGACCACCAGACCAAGUCACCGAACUACCUUACGAAUAUGUCGGAUACUUUUUUACCAAACAAACAUACAUAUAUAUGUACACACAAAUGAGUGAACAAUCGAUCCGCAGGAUUAUAUAAACAGUUAGAAGUCAAUAUACUAGUGAUUGGAGCACGUGUAGGCCACCUAGACCCAUGUGUAUGUAUAAGGACAAGUGGGUGAUGCGUCGAUGGAUUUACGCCUCUCAGAGCGCGGCCUAUGUAUAAAUAUAUAGAUAUAAAUAUAUACAAGUUGAGAGUGAUGGGUUUUAAAUAAAAAUAAACAGUAAUUCCGGUGGUUGUUUUGUAAUAAGAAUAGAUAAUAAUAAAAACAGUGACAUGGCUCUGGUGAUGCUGCCAUGUGACUUACCCUGGUGGCCGACUGUAGUAAAACAGCUGGACAAGGCUGCCCUGGCCAGGAACCCCAAGGAUCUGAUAGACGCGAUGCAGCGGAUCCACGAUAUGUGCAAUAUAAGUCUAGAUCCAGACGAAGAUGAACAAGAUCCCGAUCUCUUUGUUGGGUUUGCCAAAUUUAUUGAUGAAGAUCUGGGCCCGGGCGAACGGGAGCAAAUGUUUGUUAAGACAAUACCGAAAAUUGUCGAGAGGGCCAAAGCUCUGAGGAAUACUAAACCACCGCAGGGACUUUAUUUCAGCUUACAACAGCAAGGAGACCACGUGGAAUACAGUUACGGCUUCGCUUCAUCCCUGGUAGCCAAUGCCUUCUUCUCGACUUACCCGAAACGCACAGUCAAGACCCACCCGACAUUAGGAGACUUCAAUUUCACAAACUUCUUCAAAAAUCUCCAUCAAAAUAGUCAAAAGAUAAAAUUACAAAGUAUUCUUCAAUAUUUUGAUUUUUUGGAGAGCGAUGGAGCACUUGAGGGCCGUAUGAUCGUGUCCAGGCAGGUCAUGACUUCGAAGCAAUGGCUGACUAUCGAAGACUGGCUUGAGAGCAACGUCCCCUUGUGCCCCUUGACGAUACGUCAUGUCGGACGACUUGAGCGAGUCGAUACUGAGACAAAAGUUCUGCAUGUUUGUUUUUCAAGCUCGAGAUUCGGCGAGGGCGUGCUCGAAGACGUUAUUAGCCAAGAAACUGUACAUAUAGUAACUCAUCCCGAAAUUCUUGCUGUGAUAUUGUCCGUCGAGGCCUUAGAAGACAACGAAGUACUGAUAGUCGAAGGUGCGAGACACGUAUCAAGAAUAAAUAACCCAAAGCAGAACAAGGCGACAUUUGAAAGCAUCCCUAAUCCGAACCCCGUAACUAUCUGCUGCAUGGACGCCGAAAACUAUUCAAAUUUACCACUUAGACAGUUCGAGGAAGACAAUAUUCUGCGUGAAAUGAAUAAAUCGCUGCUGGGUUUCCGUCAAAGACAUUUACCAGCGAGCCCGACGGAAACAGUCAGCCUGGAUGUUGCUUGUGCUGAUGGCUGUCCAGUCACGCGCAGACUGUCUCCCAUCGGGGAGAGUUUCAGCAGCGCGUCGCCGGAGAUCGAAACCGCUGAAGACAAAGUCGUUAUCAACAACAAUAAUCAUCACAAUAAUAAUAACAGCAAUCGGGCUAAUGGAAAUUUGUCUGAAAAUGCCAGCAUGGAAAAUUCAACCGACGUCCGUCCUAGGCCUAAUGGAAGAUCCACGACUCAGAGGUCUCUCAGUCCGGAUAAAUUUAUCUCGGGAUAUCACAAGAGUCUUAGUAAUGUCAGCACACGAAGCAGGUUCAUUGUUUUGGGAUCUAGUGGAGAAGUGCUGCCGGUAACGCGAAAAUCUCUUGGGCAAAUGUCUGUGUAUGAGAGCUGCAAUAGUCAGAGUACUGAAAGUUUCCAUAGCGCUAAAGAUUCUAUGGAUGAAGAACAUCCGGCUGGUAAAUACGAUGAAGAAGAAUUUAAAUUAACGCGCAAGUACAGUAAUCAAUUAGACACACCUGAAAGAAGAGGAACGUUUGCUCAAAGAUUAAAAGAAGCACUUAAUCGCGAAAGUACUGCUACCGGAUCAUCUGAAGAUUCAUCUGGAGAAAGCAGUUACGCUGUUGGAAUUAAUAUCUCUGGAAGUCAUGUCGGCGAUCAAGAUAUUAAAGUAAGAAGAGGAGGCUCCAGAGGAUUCGUCUUACGAGACGAGACUGUUGAUGAAGAUUUUCUCAAAGCUUCUUUAGAAGCUGAACAAAAAUGGCUUGGGAAGUUCAAACAGACUCAGCAGCCGGUUUUACAAAGAAAAGACACCAAUAACAGUAGCAAAUACAGUUUUAGUACGGAAUAUAGCUCUGAUUUUUGCUCAGAGUUGGAAGAAGUGUAUGAGCAAUUGUCAAAAUGGCUGGACGACCCGAUCGUGUCGGACGAAAACCGCGAGCUGGAGGCAAGAGACCGCGCAGUGAUCCAGUUCGCGGGCUCUUUACUGAGACGAGCGUUGAGUGAAUCCUUCGCUGGGGUGCCUGUCCAAGAAGGAGAACCCCAGCUGCUUAUUGGCCCUAAUGACGUCCAGCAAAAGCACAAACUGGCUCUGGCUGUGCGGAGUCUCAGUCUUGAGCUCGCGAGGCAGAGAAACAAACGGCAGCAGUCGGUAUCAGAGCCGAUAAGCGAACAGGCUGAGGACCAAGACGUCGAAGAUGAAGAUGAAGAUGAGGACCAGGACCAGAACCAGGACCAGGAUCAGGACCAGGAUCAGGAGCCGGGUGAAGACAAUAAAUUUUUGGAUGCCCUUGAAGUACAAGAGUCUUCAAAGAAAAUAGAAUCAAACGCAAACAGUAAAUGGGCAAUUAAAUUUACCUCCACAGUGGAACUGGAAACUCUCGUCGAAGAAGACGCAGCGGCCUCUCGUCUUCCUUUGGAAGAAAACUUUGAGGAUAAAAACAAUAAAAUUAUUUCUAAACAUACGGAAGGAAAAAAUCAUUUGAUACCAGGUGACAGCAGUCCUCAAGACGGAGGACUCCUACCAGUGGCGACGGGCAACUGGGGCUGCGGUUCCCGACUCAAAGGUGAUCCGCAGCUGAAGCUGGUGAUCCAGUGGCUUGCGGCGUCGCUUGCUGGAGUUCCGCGGCUAAUUUACUACACCUGCGGUAAUCAAAGUCUGUCAAAGCUCGAUACCGUCAGCAGAGUCCUCACUGACAGAAGAUGGACAGUAGGAGAUUUGUCGACCGCGAUGCUGAGGUUCGCGGUCCAUACCCUCGAGGACAGAGUCAAGGGCAGGAACAGUCUCUUUGAAGAACUGAUUGGCGUUGACAAGCCCAGCCCUUAGCUCACUUGUACUCAAUUUAAAAAUAACCUGAGCUAUCAUCAAAGACUUAGUCAAUGCGUUGACUUGCUCUCUGGUCUAAUAGAUUAACAAAAAAAAAGUGUAAUACUUUUUGAUUACAAGAAACGCACGGAUUUAUUUUCACGGCUCAAUUUAUCAUAAAAUUUUUUUAAUCAAGUAAAAGACGAUUUUAGAUUCAGUGGCAGCACUCGCCUUCGGCUCCAGUAAACCUGACACUUGUCUGAAAUCGUCUUAUUUUAUUCUUCACUGAAUAUUUACUAGGGUCGACCAGAGCAUAUCAAAAAUAUUUAAUAAUAAAUAUCUAGAAUUAUUAAAAUAUUAAUUAAUAAUAAUAUUAAUAAUAAUCUAAUUAUUAAAUUGACUGAUUAUUUUUUUGAACGUCACUCUUUUAACAGGCAAUAAUCUACAAUAUAUUUUAUACAGUUAAUAUAAACCAAGUAAAUGAAAACAAUAAAAUAAAAAUAAUGAAAGUCGUUAUUUUAAUAAAUAUCAGACAAAAUAAUAGACUAAGAUUUCGUUUCAAUAAAAAAUAUCAAGUGGAAUAAAAAAAAAAAUUAGUGGCCUGAAUAAAAUGGUUUUUAAAAAAUGGUCUUCCAUUAUAGGUAAUAUUGUGCGAGUAACUGUAAAAUCAAAUAAAAUAUUGUAGCCUAUGAUGUAUAUACCUAGAGUAUUAAUAAAUUUAUAUUGUAUGUAUAAAAAAAGUCGAUGGAUAAUUUAUAAAACUGAAACCUUUAUUCGAAAAUAAUAUUUGGGCAUAAGUAGAGAUAAGAAAUGAUAAGCCUAUUAAAUUUUGACGGACGUAAAUAAAUCUACGACAAAACAUUAUUAUCCUGAGAGAAAGCGAGCAAGUGGGUGCGUCUCUUAUGAUUUGUACCUGUUCCUACAAUUAGAUGCGUUAGUAAAAAUAAUUUAAAGUUCUUAAACAAUCAACUGAUUUUCAAAAAAAAAGACUUCGCAUACGUCUCAUGUGGCCUGGGCCCAUU